AUGCGCCUGCGCCGCUCCUCGCCCCGCCCCCGAGCGGGCGGGGCGGGGCGGAGACGGGAGCAAACGAGGGGGCGAGGACGGACGCCUCCCGCGACGCCGGAACUUUCAGGGGCCGCGGCUGCGGGGCGCCGGGAACUGUGGGACCGCCGGCGUGCGCGCACUGAGUGUCCCGUCCGGGUCACAAACUCCAGGAGCGGCGUGAGGCGUGUGCACGCUCGUCUCUGGUGCGCCUUCUCCGGCGUCCUGGCUGCCGCGGCCGUGGCCGUCCGGGUGGUGGCCUGGCUGGUCCUCUGGGAGGCGGCCCGGCUCACUCGCUCGCCCACCACGGCCUUCGCUGCCGACGCUGGCAUAAGGGCCACUUGUUCUGAAAUUAUUUUGAGGCAAGAAGUUUUCAAAGAUGGUUUCCACAGAGACCUUUUAAUAAAAGUGAAAUUUGGAGAAAGCAUUGAGGACUUACAGACCUGCCGACUCUUAAUUAAACAGUACAUCCCGACAGGACUUUUUGUGGAUCCAUAUGAGUUGGCUUCAUUACGAGAGAAAAACAUAACAGAGGCAUUGAUGAUUUCAGAAAAUUUUAAUAUAGAAGCUCCCGACUAUUUGUCCAAGGAAUCUGAAGUUCUCAUUUAUGCCAGACAAGAUUCGCAGUGCAUUGAUUGUUUCCAAGCUUUUUUGCCUGUGCACUACCGCUAUCAUCGGCCACAUAGCAAAGAUGGAGAAACGUUAAUUGUGGUCAAUAACCCUGAUUUAUUGAUGUAUUGUGACCAAGAAUUUCCAAUUUUGAAAUGCUGGGGUCAGUCAGAAGUGGCAGCUCCUUGUGAUUUGAAGAGGAAGGAUAUCUGCCAAUGGAACAAUAUGAAAUAUAAAUCAGUAUAUAAAAAUGUGACUCUACAGAUUCCAGUGGGACUGACUAUACAUACCUCUUUAGUAUGUUCUGUGACUCUGCUCAUUACCAUCCUGUGUUCUACUUUGAUCCUUGUGGCUGUUUUCAAAUAUGGCCAUUUUUCCCUAUAAGUUUUAUGCAGUUGAAUGCUUUCCAUAAACUUAAAUAAGACUUAUUCAUUUGUGACUAGAAGUGUUCUUCUAGAAUUAGGUCAUUACUUUUGUCUUUUCUUUUCGUUUAUGGCUAAAAUUAUGUUUACAAGAAGAAAGUUUGGAUCAUUUUCAACUAAUUCCAAAGUUUAGUGCUCUGUUUCUAGACGUUUGAUAAUCCUCAAGCAUCAAGUGCCAAUAGAGGAAACUUAAUUCUGUUCAAUUAAUGUUUAUUUUGUGAGAAGUGACUUUGUCUUCAUUGAAUUAGAAAAAUGAAUACUUUACGUAUUAGAGACAUUAUUUUCAUUUUGUGAAUAGAAACAUUUCAAUUUAAGCUAAAAAUUGAGAAAAUCAUUGUAAAUAAGAAUAAAAUAAUUUGGACGAAUCAGAGUUUAUUUAAACGUUAGUUUUAUGAAAAUAUUAAAGUCAUUUAUCCAGAGUUUCGAAGAAAAUCAUUAAACAGCUAAGAAAUAUUAAUAUAAAAAUUGAUUAUUCCUUAAAAUAUUUCCAUUCUCCUUUUAUAUUUUAAAAUACUGAUUUUGAAUAUAUGAAUUGGCAGAGGGCUUAAUGAAACUAAGUACUACGAUUUAAGUACUACGAUUUACUUCUGAUUUAGUACUAAAUUUGUCAGGAAGACAAUUCUGAUUGUCAUUUUAAAGAGUAUAUUUUAUUAAGUUGUACCUUUAUAAAAAAUCUUUUUUAUAUCUUAAGGUGAUUUUUUUUAAACAAAAGGUUGUGAUUUACUAUUUUUCUUUAGACAUUAGUAAAUAAAGUAAGUGCCAUAAGCUAAUUAAAAAAUAAAAGGGCAAGUGUGUUCCAAAACAGAAUCCAAUAAACCAGGGUAUGUUGGCAUUGUUUUUUUUUUGUUUGUUUUUUGCUGAGGAAGAUUUGCCCUGAGCUAACAUCUGUGCCAGUCUUCCUCUAUUUUGUAUGUGGGUCACUGCCACAGCAUGGCUGCCAACGAGUGGUGUAGGUCCACGCCUGGGCCACCGAAGCAAAGCGUGUCAAACUUAACCACUAGGCCACAGGGCUGGCCCCAGUUGUUUGUUUUAUGUAGAGUAAUGCGAUGUGAUAUAUGUUUAUAUGUGCUAUCACUGCUUAAUGUCCUAAAACAUUCUGAUGUUUUUAUGGGAAUAAAUCUCUUACAAUUUCACAUA